AUGUCGAGCUUUCUCAACGGCUCAGCGAAGACUAGCCAACCGCCGCAGCAAACAUCACCAUAUCGGCCAUUCAUCAAGGGCCGGCUGCCAGUUCCUCGAGAUGUCUUCGCCAGAUCAGAAGGCAAGGAUCGGGCGGCUGAUGAGGAGAUUGCAAAGGCCGCACCAGCUCCCACAAGCCAACCGCGCCAUCCACGAGGAACUCGAGAGGCAUGGCGGCAAAAGAUGGCUGCAUCGCGAAGGCAGAACUUGCGAGAAGGUGUCAAGACUCUACGAGAACGCAAGACGAGGACAGAAACUACGCUGCGCGAACGGGUUGCAGCAAAGCAAGCAGAGCGAGAAGCGUUAGUCCGAAUGCCUGAGCGCGAAGACGAACGCUUGACCACCUCUUCCACCGGUCUGAACGUGCAUAAACUCCUCCACGGACCACUGGAAGAUCCCACACGAGACGCACGACUGGCCCAUAAAGCGCGCAACCUCACCUUGCACACCUCCGCCAAGCGCGCGAACAGGAUGGACAAUUUACACACCCUGUACAUGAACGCACGACACUUCAUCGUCACACCCCAGCAACUCGAUAGCGCCAUUGACUCCGAGUUUGGCACACCCGAGCAGCCACGCCAAUUCGUGGGAGACCGUGGCAGGCCAGCACAAGGGUAUGGAGAAUUCGACGACGGCGGCAAAUGGAGCUCGGAAGUCACUAGCAUGUGGGCGCACGGCAGACCGGCGACGGUGCAGGAUAUGCUUAACAGAGCGGCGCAGGGCGAUGCUGGGAAGACUAGCUAUGCUGUCGAUGUUGCCGAGGGUGGAACGGAGGGUGUUACGCAGAGCAGGGUGCGGAGGAUUGCGGAGAAGCUUACGGGUGGGAAGAUGGAUACGACGGAGCAGUAG